AUGGCAUUCCAGAUUUUCUCAAACAGUGCAGGGUAUCAUCGUUGUUCAUCAUCUGCCGGGUCCAUAACCCACCUUGUGGAGGCCAACCAAUGUCAACCCGAUAACCACCCUCAUAUCAGGGAGCUGGUCCAGGGUAUACUUUUCCCAUCCUUGAUGGUGGUCAGGCCACCUAUCCUCUAUAGCAGGGCUGCCCAAAUUGGUCCUGCAGAGUUUAGCACCAACCCCAAAUGGAUACACCUGAACAAGCUAAUCAAGCUCUUACUAGACAUACUAGAAGCAGUAGUGUUGAGAAGCAAGCAAGUCAUACAUCCAAUGGAAGACAUUGUGCCCCCAAUAGUGUUUUUCGCAGUGGCGGUUUCUGUGUUGAUCAUCUUCUACUGCGUGGCCAAAAGAUUAAUAAGACAUGCACAGUAUGUGCAGUCAAAUACUACAGUCACGACUACACAUCACCCACAAUACUCAUAUCAACAGCCUUUGGCUAAUAACCUACAGCCAGCUUAUGGGGGGCAUCCCAUUCUGACUGGACCAUAUCAGCAAACCUAUGUCCCGGGACCACCACCCACAUAUCAGGAGGCUGCAAGUCUGUUUCCUGCUCCCUUCAGCCAGGCUGCAUAUGACGGUGGUCAGAUCAUGUACCCUCCACAAGCACCGGUUCAGCCAGCGCCUCCUACAGAGUACACGUCGACUCAAGCCCCACAGAGCCCUGAUUAUGUGGAAUCACCAAAGACCAGUUAG